UCUGCUUCUGUGUUUCCCACUUGCUGAAACAUCUCCUCAAACAGACGCUGGAUGUGGCGGCGGUCCUAGCAACGAAGACGCUAUCUAUACCCACCUUUUUUCGGUUAUCGUAGCCUUGACCAGUCAGUUGUUUUCGACGGCAUUCAUGAAAUAACCUGAAAUUCAGUGUGUGGACAAAAAGAUGAUUUCGCCGUGGGACCGGUGGUACUCGACGAGCUGCUGCCUCUGCUGCCAUGUACGAACAGGCACCAUUAUUUUGGGAAUAUGGUAUAUGCUCAUCAAUGCGGUGGUCUUACUCAUCCUGCUGUCAGCUCUUAAUGACCCAGUUCAGUACCGCUACCACCUUACCAGCUCCGAGCUGGGAACUGACAUCGACGUCAUGGACGAUGCGAAUAUCUGCAUAGCCACUGCAAUAUCCCUACUCAUGAUUCUUAUAUGUGGCAUGGCGACAUACGGUGCUUACAAGCAACACGCUGCUUGGAUCAUUCCAUUCUUCUGCUACCAAAUCUUUGACUUUGCCCUUAAUACACUGGUAGCCAUUAGUGUGGUGGUUUACCCCAACACGGUGCAGGACUAUCUCCAGCAGCUGCCGGGGACAUUUCCAUACAAAGAGGAUAUCAUGUCCACCAACAACAUGUGCCUAGUCUUUGCAGUCCUCCUCUUCAUCGGCUGCAUCCUGUCCUUCAAGGCCUACCUGAUCGGCUGUGUGUGGAACUGCUACAGAUAUGUGAGCGGCAGGGGCACCACGGAGGUCCUGGUUUAUGUCACCACAAACGACACCACGGUUCUGCUGCCACCAUACGAGGAAGCUGUUGCCAUCCCACCGAAGGAGCCUCCCCCACAGUAUAUGGAGGCAUGAGAUAUGCCCUCACUGCUGGAUUAUGUACCCCAAUCCUCCGACCACAUCUCCUUACAGCAGUAGGACUCCAACGCUGGCUGCAUCGUGUUGGAAAAACAAUGUCUUAGAUGCUGGUCCAGCUUGGAUUCCUGCCAACUUUAGAGUAAAUUAGGCCGACCUGAGCCAGUAUUGCCAUAAACUCUACUCCCCUCCUCCACCACCACCACCCUCCCGGUUGUUGUGACAUAUGCCCCCUCUUCUCGUCCCCUUUGUCCUCUUCCAAGGACAGCAUCACAUAAGCUUUCAGACUACAACCCCCACCGCCCACACUAAUUCAGCCAAUCCUCUGGGUAGCUGCUGUUCCUUGGAAGUGACUCCUGCACGCCUUGAUCACCUGACUUAAUGUGCACUUUUCUUCACGUGAAAAGUGCAACGGUUUGGCCACCAACUGUUAACCCACAUUACUGUGAACCUCCUUUGCAGUGUUUUGUCUAGAAACAAACUACCUGAAUAGAGACAAAGCAACAAAAAUAGCGAGAAGGAAACUUACAUUAUUAGUUAUACAAAAGCACUUUUUUCAGAAAUUGAAAAAUUUCCUUAGUUGAAUGUAAUUUUUGUAAGACGUUUUUGUAUCACAGUAAAAACUGAGAGAAAACACACAAAUACUAAAAGGAUCUCCUGUUCUUACAAAAUAUCUCCAGCGUGCUGAUGUUGCUCGUCCUGCUGGGAAAGUAUUUCAAGAAAGGUUUUGUGACCGAUAAUUACUCUUGUCUUCCUUUUGUAUCCACAGUAUGUGAACCCAUAACACAUCAACUGGCCGCGUAAACCCCGUUCGCACCGUUGAUUUAAAUCCCAGUAUUCCAUUUUGCCUUCCUCGCCGCCUCCUUCGUAUGUUCAAAAUCGAAAAGGUUUGUGAUAAUCCAGUGAAGACCUUAGCACAAACCUGACACACAUUCAAAAACCCAAUACACAGAAACGUGUGUGAGUAAUGAUAAUGAUAAAUAUGUGGAAAUGUUCCCAUCUGUCUUGUGUUGUGGUCGAGUUUUGGCUGCAACAGCAUCGACUGCGUCUUUGUUUGUUUUUUGUACAUGGAUCAUGGUGUGUGAGCUGAUCUUUUUAGUUGAGCUAACUUAGCUGGGCUGAGGGCAUUUCCUAUAAAUAUUCUGUGACAUGCUGCUGCACAUGCAGAUUCUAUGUGUGUGUUUACAUUUUUAUGUGCGCUUGCCUGCGUGUGACAUUAUCAUGUAACUCCUAGGUCACGUAUGUGUCGUAACAUUUAGUUUUCCCAUGUGGCGAUGAGAUGUUUCCCGCGUUGGUGACUUCCUUGAAAUGAAAACAUUGGAUGGGACUCUAAAGCAGUAGUUCAGCAUAAUAACACAAAAUCAGUACACAUUAUAUGACGCUAGUUAAACAGUGCAAAUGCUUGUCCUUUGUCAAGAACCGUUGAGGAAAACAGUCGGUAGACAGUAUAUAAUGUAUUUAAUCAGUUUACAUGAAUUACAUUUUAUUAUUCAGUCUAUGCAACAGUGCAUUCACCAACUUGUAAGGCUUGGAAAUACAAAUGUGGUCAGAAGUUUGCAUCUACUUAGAAUGGCCUGGUACUUUUGGGUUUUUAAUGAUUUCUUUGAACUCUUCUUCAGGGAUAGCUCAGUAGAUAGAGUCGUGGCCCCAUGAUCGAAAGGUCGGGGGUUCGAUUCCCCUGAACAGCUACCCUGAGGCACCCCUGAGCAAGGUACCGUCCCUACACACUGCUCCCCGGGUGUCCAAUGGCUGCCCACUGCUUCACUGAGUGAAUGGGUUAAAUGCAGAGAGGAAUUUCCCCACGGGGAUCAAUAAAGUACACUUUCUUUCUUAUCUGGGGUGGAAUGAUUGCACAACAUGCAUCUUUAGUUACUUUAAAAAUACAAGAACUAGAUGCACAAUUUAUUUUGAAUUUUCUCACAGCCUCGGAUGUAUACAUACAGCCGCACUAAUAUUUGGUUAAAUGUCCCUGAGCAAGUGGUACCUCAACUAGACACUUUUGUUAGACAACAGUAAGCCUCUGGCAUAAUUCUGGCUGGAUAUUUGACCACUCUUCUUGGCAGGAAAAUUAAUUUAAAUUGGUUGGUUUCCUGGUAUGGAACUGACUUUUAACUGUAGUCCAUAGAUUUCCAAUAGGGUUGGGGUCAGAGCUGUGGGAAGGCCAUUCCAUAAGCUUAAGGUUGUCCUGCUCUAUCCAUGUGUGUUUAGGGUGAUUGCCCUGUUGGAACAACCCAACUGUGUGACAAUUUUAACUUGUGCAAAUCUACAAUUCUCCUUAGAGCUUUACUGAGUUAAGCUGUAUAAUCAUUCUUCCCUGGAAAAACAACAGCUCAAAUAUAUUAUUAUAAAAGCAAAAACUUAACCUAACAUUCAUGUUCAAGAUGAGUGUGUGUAAACGUCUGACCACAGCUGUAUGUGCACCAUGAAGUAGUUUUGUUCCAUUUGAUACUAAUACUGUAGUCCACAGUGUAGCCAUGUGUCAGCCCAUCUGUCCUCAUCCUUGUCUGUGUGAAUUAUGGCCGCUGCUUCUGCAAAUCCAACAAAGCUGAACAUGAAAUUGCACUUUAAACUCAGUGUGCACUCACUGAAAACUGCUGUAUCUGUGGUUGUUUUUGUGUUUUCCAUCUUUGUUGUGUAAUCUGUCUGCAAAGUUGCAGAGGUGAACAUUUUCAUGAGUCUGGAGAAUUUCUGCUCAGUUUUGCAGGCUUUAAUGCUUGAACAGUGUCUGGACCAGUGGAUGGCUGAUGGCUCUUUUUUAUUAGUCAUUAUGAGACUGUUCUCCUCUCUUUUCUUGUUGGAUCUGCAUGAGCUCACGUCUUUAAUUCUGAAUAAUAAAAAAAGCUAAAACAUCUA